AUGAAGAGUUUGCGAAGGGAUUUCUCGUCAAAUCCCCAGGCCGCAAAUGUGAGCAGCAAGGUCUUCGUGCGGUCCACGAAGAGCGGCAAAGUCCAAAAGAUUGUGCGAGAGCUUUAUCUGAGACAAGAUAUUCCCUGCUCAUCGAAGCUCUGUUCGAUAUGUCCUGCGACCGCGCCCGCUGAUGCGAAUGGGAACAUUGCACCCUUCGUACUGUCCGAUCGCCCAGCUGGCACUGCCUCAUUUCCUCGCGGCCAUUACCUUGUCCCUGAUACGAACGCGUUACUAAAUGGAAUGGACCUUUUCGAGCAGACAGGGGCAUUCUAUGACGUGAUCAUCCUCCAGACGGUGUUGGAAGAGCUUAAGAACCAGUCGCUUCCUUUGUAUAAUCGCUUGGUCGCUUUGAUCAAAACCGACGAAAAACGAUUUUACCUCUUCUUCAACGAGUUUCGGCUGGAGACUCACGUCCGCAGAAAUCCGGAAGAAUCGAUCAACGAUAGAAACGACCGGGCGGUACGCACAGUGGCAAGAUGGUAUGACGAGCAUCUUCGCGCGGCUACAAGACAUACAAAGAGAGAAAAGAUGGUUCCAUCGAUAGUCGUCAUAACGGAUGACAAGGAGAAUAUACGCAAGGCAAAGGAAGAGAAUGUGACAGCUUUAUCGCUACAAAACUACGUCGCUGGCUUGGAGGAUUCGGACAGACUGCUUGAUAUGAUCAAUGAAUCAAGAGAGGCCAAGGAAACAAAGGGUGCACGCGGAGAGCUUUUUUAUCCAGAGUACUAUUCCAUGUCGAAGAUGAUGACUGGUGUCAGGGCCGGUACACUCCAUCAGGGCAUUUUCAAUGUGUCUCCUUAUAACUAUCUGGAAGGAUCAGUCAACGUCCCUGCCUUUGGCAAGCCUCUGCUCAUCCUUGGAAGAGACAACAGUAACCGAGCUAUCGCCGGCGAUGUUGUUGUCAUCGAGGUUCUGCCGAAGGAUCAAUGGAAGUCUCCUUCAACCAAGAUUGUGGACGAAGAAGCGGUGACAAAAAACGAUAACCCGGAUGCAGAGGAUAACGAGGAAGUUGUGACAGAGAGAGAGCGGAAGGCCCUCCAGGAAGAAGUGAAGAAGGCUCACGGUAAGAACUCGGAGGGACGGCCACAGCCUACUGCAAAGGUUGUCGGUAUCAUCAAACGGAACUGGCGGCAAUAUGUCGGCCAUGUUGAUUCAGGUUCCACAGGCACCCAAGUGAACUCUGGCCGGCGGCAACAGAACGUUUUCGUUUUGCCUAUGGAUAAAAGAGUUCCUAAGAUUAGGGUGCGAACCAGGCAGGGCGCCGAGCUCGUAGGUCAGAGGAUCCUGGUCACUAUUGACGCCUGGGAUCGAGACUCGAGAUAUCCAACCGGCCAUUUUGUCCGGUCUUUGGGAGAGCUCGAAACCAAGGGGGCCGAAACGGAGGCUCUGCUUUUGGAAUAUGAUGUCCAGUACAAACCAUUCCCAAAGGCCGUGUUGGAUUGCCUUCCAUCAGAGGGACACGGGUGGAAGGUCCCCGCAAGCAAAGAUGACAUCGGCUGGAAGGGCCGAAGAGACCUAAGGGAUCUGUUGAUUUGUAGCAUCGACCCUCCCGGAUGCCAGGAUAUCGAUGAUGCUCUACACGCGCGACCUUUGCCUAAUGGAAAUUUCGAAGUGGGUGUCCAUAUUGCCGACGUGUCGCAUUUUGUGAAGCCAAACAACCCCAUGGACCUGGAAGCCAGUGUUCGUGGAACAACCGUUUACUUGGUUGAUAAACGUAUUGAUAUGCUUCCAAUGCUUCUUGGUACAGAUUUGUGUUCUCUCAAACCCCAUGUGGAGCGAUAUGCUUUCUCUGUCAUCUGGGAGGUGACUCCUAACGCGGAGAUUGUCUCUGCUGAUUUCACCAAAUCCGUCAUCUUCUCUCGCGAGGCAUUCAGCUAUGAACAAGCCCAGAAGCGUAUUGAUGACCCGUCCCAGAAAGAUGAACUUACUCAAAGCAUGCGGACGCUGUUGCAUCUCUCCAAGGUUCUCCGUCAGAAGCGUAUGGAUGCAGGAGCAUUGAAUUUAGCUUCGCCAGAAGUGCGAAUCGAGACAGACAACGACGAAGUUGGAGACCCACUCACUGAUGUUAAGACAAAGGCCAUGCUUGCGACAAACAGCCUUGUCGAAGAGUUCAUGCUUCUAGCCAACAUUACCGUCGCCUCCAAGAUCUACAGCGCCUUCCCGCAAACAGCCAUGUUGAGACGACACGCCACUCCUCCGCCUCAGAACUUUGAAGAGCUGACGAACCAACUCGCUAAGAAACGGAACUUGGAACUGGACGUCUCAAGCUCCAAGGCUCUCGCCGAUUCUCUUGACCACUGCGUUGAUGAGGCGAACCCGUUCUUCAACACAUUGGUUCGCAUCCUUGCCACGCGCUGUAUGACAUCCGCGGAAUAUUUCUGUGCCGGAGCACACGCAGAGUCUGAGUUCCGCCACUACGGUUUAGCGUCUCCGAUCUAUACCCAUUUCACUUCUCCCAUCCGUCGGUACGCGGAUUUGCUAGUCCACAGACAACUUGCCUCUGCGAUUGGCUAUGAAGGCGAAGAUGGGCGCGCCGUCAUCGAGGGUGUCAGCACGCGCAACAAGCUCGAGGAUAUCUGCCGCAACAUCAACUACCGCCACCGGAACGCCCAGUUUGCGGGACGUGCAAGCAUUGAGUACUACGUUGGACAGGCGCUCAAGGCGCGUAGCGAGAAGAUGUCUGUUGGCGGCGUGGACUCCGGCAUCGAAGAGCAAGGGUACGUCAUGCGUGUCUUCGAGAACGGGGUGGUCGUCUUCGUGCCCCGGUUUGGCAUCGAGGGUGUCGUUCGGCUAGAGGACUUCUUACUCCCAGGUGAAUCUGUGGGCGGCUCGGUCGAGGAGAGGAAAACCCUAGCAGUCCGUCGCGAGACGGACUUCGAUAGUGAAGAGUACACUCUCCGAGUGUGGGAAAAGGGCCAAGCGGAUCCGAACCGCAGUGUCACCGUGGAACUUUUCCAGAAGGUCCAAGUCAAUGUCAGUUCUGUCAAGGAGGAAGGCGGCCGAGGCGCAGGAAAGAGGAAGGUCAGAAUAUUGAUCAUGGGCUCGGAAAAGUAA